UCCAAUUGUGUCACACCGUUAUAGCGAUCUGGAUAUAUGAAUACGAGUUAUCCGCCAAAGAAUGCGUUUUCAAGAUAUUGAGUUGUCACAAGCGGAUUGGCAUGACGGACCAAGGUUUGUUCAAAAAUAGAUGUAUGACUGUAGGUCAAGAAUGAUGUGAUAUUCCUAAUAUUUCGAGACCAUUACGCUAUGACGAAUUCACGAUGAAAGUUACGGAGGGAGAGAAGUUCAUCUGAAGAUUUUCUAAAAUAUUUCGUGGUUAUUCAAACAAAAUCUUACAUUUCCCACCAGUCAACAUUGUCUAAAUCCAAUUCUGAAAAACAGCAACGAAAAAGCGAUAAUAAACUCUCUCCAAAAUCGUGUUUUAGGCGUCGAAACAAAUGUAGCCAUAUACAGUCCAUCCUCGAUUAUCCGAACUUUUUCUCUGGUUCCAAUUUUGUCAUGAAUAUUUAUUAGUCAUGAUCAAGAUCUGUAGCCAUAUUCUUUUUAAAACUACAGCGUUGAAAAGAAAAGUAAAGUCGAGUUUGUUUCGCUUUCAAAAAGCAAAAGCAGCGCUCGAAGGCGUCGUAACUAAUGAAGAACAUUCGAUUGAGGUCUGAUUGGCUUAGAGUUACUUCGUUAGUAAGUGAGAUUUCACACUCUAUUGGCUCGUUAGGCUUGAUAUGCAAGAUAAACAAGCUACACAGCGUCACGAACGUUUAUUCACGAUCAUCAUAUUCUUGAAGCGUAAGCGAUCCGUUUUUUCGAUAAAAGAUAAACAGUCUAUGAUUUUGUGAUUAGAGAAAGGAGAAAAGGGAACCAAUUUGCCAAUCUAGCUCCGUUGUUUUUUCCAAAAGUGUGCACGCGCUUGUUUUUCUUAUGCGCUCUCUAAUUGACCGGUGUCAGAUUACAACAGAUACUCGUAAAAAUAAUGUUUCAAAGUUCAUUUGGAAGCCUUCUAAAUCACCUUUAUCAUUACGCAAAUGAAAAUAUUUCAGUGAGGGCCUCUCUCUUUACUUUGCAUUACCUCUCUCUUAACUACCAUUUACUCGCUCAAAAAUUGUUCAGUUUAUGGAAGAUCUUGCCGUAAUUAGACCCCUCCAUUAAAUCAUUCGGGUUCUUUUGAAAAGAAAUUCGUUCAGUUUAAGGGAGAAAUAUGUUAUUCACCAACCAAGGUCGGUGCACAUUGGGAAAAAAUUUGACCUAUGUCUUGAGUAGACUUUUUCCCAAUACGGACCACCCGGCUGGCGAAUAACAUAUAUUUCUAGGAAAUCACGUGUCAGAUUCGUGACCAGGGGGUGGUUAUGUCUUCAGUAUACAGAAUUAAAUUUCAGGGAAUUGACUCCAAUUGUGUCACACCGUUAUAGCGAUCUGGAUAUAUGAAUACGAGUUAUCCACCAAAGAAUGCGUUUUUAGGAUAUUGAGUUGUUACAAGUGGAUUGGCAUGACGGACAAAGCUUUGUUAAAAAAUAGAUGUAUGACUGUAGGCCAAAAAUGAUGUGAUAUUUCUAAUAUUUCGAGACCAUUACGCUAUGACGAAUUCAUGAUGAUAGUUACGGAGGGAGAGAUGUUCAUCUGAAGAUUUUCUAAAAUAUUUCGUGGUUAUUCAAACAAAAACUUACAUUUCCCACCAGUCAACAUUGUCUAAAUCCAAUUCUGAAAAACAGCAACGAAAAAGCAAUAUACUCUCUCCAAAAUCGUGUUUUAGGCGUCGAAACAAAUCUAGCCAUAUACAGUCCAUCCUCGAUUAUCCGGACUUUUUCUCUGGUUCCAAUUUUGUCAUGAAUAUUUAUUAGUCAUGAUCAAGCUCUGUAGCCAUAUUCUUUUUAAAACUACAGCGUUGAAAAGAAAAGUAAAGUCGAGUUUGUUUCGCUUUCAAAAAGCAAAAGCAGCGCUCGUAGGCGUCGUAACUAAUGAAGAACAUUCGAAUGAGGUCUGAUUGGCUUAGAGUUACUUCGUUAGUAAGUGAGAUUUCACACUCUAUUGGCUCGUUAGGCUUGAUAUGCAAGAUAAACAAGCUACACAGCGUCACGAAUGUUUAUUCACGAUCAUGAUAUACUUGAAGCGUAAGCGAUCCGUUUUUUCGAUAAAAGAUAAACAGUCUAUAAUUUUGUGAUUAGAGAAAGGAGAAAAGGGAACCAAUUUGUCAGCUGAAUAUGGCGUUAGUACACAGCAGAUAUCCGCAAGAAAAAAGAAAGGAUCAUGAAGUUUGCAAAAAACUUAUAGACCAGCGAAGGACUGAAGCAUAAAUCGCUGAAAGUUGCUCAUGAUAAACAGCUCGAUAAAGCCCUGACUAAUUUUAAUCGUUAAUACACACGUGUACAUUCGAAUAUAUAUUAUUUUGGUUGCAAUAUUUCCCACACGGCGAUCCCAGAAACCUUUGCGCAAACAGAGGGAUCGAUUAUCAAGGAAGUCGUUUGUAUUUUUAACGCCAUGAGUAUGUUUUCUUGCAUUGCAUAGUCGGAAUGCAGGUAGAUUUAUGAUAAAAGCAGCAAUGGAAGCAACCAAUCUCUAAGUCAUUUUAUAAACUUAAAUUGUAUAGCUUGAAUAACGAUGGUUUAGUGAAUGUUUUACUGAGACAUCAAUCAGAAUUCUAAUGUUUAGAGGAUAUUUCUGUGUGAACUUCUUUCCAAGAGAUUAUGAUCUUUUGAUACAAGCUGAAACUCAAUAUGAUUUGAUGCGAAAUCGCGACAGUACCACACACUUAUGCUUUCAAGGAUGAUAAGGUUAUUCAAACCGUUGCUAACCAUAUACAUAAUCAGUCAAAAAAUCUGUCGACUUUUGGAAAAUUACAACUCGUAGUCUUUCUUUGCCGUAUGAUUCAAGAAGAGAUCAGCGAAGUAAAAAUGGAUCAUCUCCGACUUCGAUAUUUCUUUAAUUCUUAACCAAAACAACUUAGUGAGAAAAAUGUUAUUGCCACGCAAUCAAAAUACCCAAACCCCCUCCCCUCCCUCAGGCUAUAAAUAGUAACCCAUCGCAAAGCAGUCUUAUGCAAUUAAACAGAAUAGAUCUUCAAAAGUUAAAAUAAUUUUUUUUCUUCAUUGAAUAUUUGUCUUGUAGAACUUUGUCAGAAGGAGUUCAUGUCCAAGUCAAAACGAGAGUCCUAGCAUUAGACCAGUUAAAAGAAGACUUGGUUGAAAACUUUAGGCAAUGGAGACCAACGAGGCAACGCACUAGGGAAAAACUGGAGGAGCUAGCAUCCAAAUUACAAGAGCAACAUAUAAGGGGCAGUAAAUCG